ACUUAGGGCAACAAAAUGAGGCACGUAGAGCGGGCAUUAAAUUGCGUCCCUUUUCUGAAUUACAGCUACGCGGUCAUAGCUUACGGCUGCGCAGAGUGUCCCAAGCUGAGCUGCGGCCGUGAGGGAUGCGACACGGAGUUCUGCUACCACUGUCGACAGCUGUGGCACCCCAACCAGACGUGCGACCAGGCGCGGCGUCAGCGUGCCCGCCACGCGUCAGGUGGAAAUGAUGCCUCUGCGAUGUAUGUCUUCAAUGAAGAACCAGGAGGAGAUGCAGAGGAGAUCAAGGCAUGUCCUCGCUGUGGCGCCUACAUCAUGAAGACUAAUGAUGGCAGCUGUAACCGCAUGAACUGCACUGUGUGUGCCUGUCAGUUCUGCUGGCUGUGUAUGCAGGAGAUCACUGAUGUGCACUACCUCAGUCCCUCAGGAUGUACAUUUUGGGGGAAGAAGCCAUGGUCUCAAACUCGAAAAGUACUGUGGCAGGUGGGCAUGUUGCUCGGAGCACCUGUGGUCAUCUCUCUUAUAGCAGGCAUCGCCAUCCCAGUCAUUAUAGUGGGUAUACCAAUCUACAUGGGCCGUAAGGUCCAUGGUCGUUGCAAGAAAAACAAUAUCUCAGGAAGUAAGCACUAUUUAACUGUGGCAAGUGGGGUGAUGAUGUCCGUGUUUGUGUCGCCAGUAAUAGCAGCUGUCACAGUGGGUGUGGGAGUGCCGCUAAUGCUGACGUAUGUCUAUGGGGUCGUUCCCAUGUCGCUCUGUAGGAACGGCUGGUGCCGACCCCAGACUGACCCUCCUGAAACCAACAAGAUACAGCUGGAGGAUUUGGCAAGCUAUCUUCUAUUCUCUCAUGUAGUCACUGAUCACUGGACGGGCCAGAACAACCCAGCCCUCAGUGACACCAGUGUCCAGGAAGUCAGAGUCAGUGUACAGGAAGUGGGCAUCCUACCGAGUACGAGCACUCUACCCCCAGACUUAGAUAGAUAUGUGAGAUUGGAUGAAGCCACAAAACGCCAUGGAUACACCCAGCAGGACAGCCAGUCUGACUGUGAGGUCGCAAGUGUGCCUGACAGCAGACUAGAUGAAACACAAUUGCCUACUUUUAGCAGGGAAGGAACAAAUAUUGAAGUGUGCGUAGAAAUUGAAACCCAUCCAAGAGGAGGCCGACAGUCCAGCUUAAGUAGCAUGCUGUCAAGCCGAAGCCUGUCGGCUGAGUCUGUGGGACACUCCCAAGAUUAUCCUUGUGCCUCAGGACUGGACGAAAGACGGGAAGCAGCAGGACACGGAGAGGACCUUCACAGACGAGAAAAACUCGGAAGGAAAGCACGAGGAAUCGAAGAGACGUCCUUCCAAGUUAUUGAAGCAGUUGACGUAUGAGGUCCCUCACCUGGAGAUGUAAGAAGGUUUAAUGAAAACAGACAAAUCCGUGAGCUGACCCGUGUUUGGAUGAACUAAGAAUCCACAGCCGGGGCCAUCUCCUGCUUUUUACAGCCGUCCCUCCCACCAGAUGCCUUCACGCUCCACCUCCCCCUGAGGAAGUUGCGGGUUCAAACAAAGCAAAUUUAAAAGAUGAAUGUGUUCAAGUUUAUAUAAGCAUGAGACUGUGACAUAGAAAGUAGUGCUAAGAACUAUAAAGAAGACAAGGAACGCAUGACAUCUGACUUAGUUCAGAGUUCAGACUGUUUUUUUUUUCUUUUUUAUCCUCACUGAAACAAACUACCUUUCAUUCACUAGUUUAAAAUCUUUUCUUAAAGUCCUCACUUUAUUUGGCUGUUCACUUUUAGACCUUACCUCACUACUUCCUCACCCUUUACAACUAAUUAUACCACGAAUGGCAUGAUUUAUUUUACAAGAGAGGGGGGCGGGGGGAAGGAUCCGACAGCUAUCGUCUCAGAAAUCUAAUUUAUAUGUUUGACAAGCCAUGUUGCAAGAAAGGAAGAACUUUUUUUCUAUCCGAUCAAGUCCUCGGUUGCAGUUAAGACGCGGCUCACAGAUGAAAUGGACGGCCUUUAACAGAUGCAUGCUGCAGUUAUUGAAACUCUCUUUGUGCUUUCAGUUCAUUACUGGAAUCGGACAUGUUCUGCGACAAUAGUGCAGAACACGGGAUACCACAAAAACCAGGACUCACAACUCUAAGACAUAUCCACCGUCUUCCAGGAAAGCAGCUGAGCGCAUUGACAUUUUGCAUUCUUUUAGUGCCGCGGCAAGCCUUUGAAGAGUUCAAGCUUUAGAGGACAGCGAGAGAGAGAGAGAGAGAGAGAGAGAGAUGUAUUUGUAGUCUUUAAAAAUGCUCACUUUAAUGCAAAGCCACACAGCAGAAACACCACAGUCUUAACUUUUUACAGCUUCGUGGUUGUAGAAGAGGCAGCGUUUCCACAAUAACCUACACAGAUUCUCUGAUACGCACCAGUUAGCAUAGCUGCAGUAGUGCGCUGCCGAAAACAAUAUACUCCAGUCACCCUCAGAGGUCACCAGAACUCCAACAGCGGCAUGUCGAAACUGGAACCAUCCCCUCCAGAUGAUUUGUGUGGACAACCUGACUUACAUGCACUGCUUAACUUCCAGGGUGUGAAAUAAUUCUGAACGUGGUCUUGACAUGAAAGCCUCUUUGGGGUUGUCGACAGAAACCGAAUAAAGAUCUCACCUUGAAGGA